AUGGCUCAGCGAGAUGGACUGCUGGUGUUGCCGGGUCAAGUGGCUCAACUCUCCUGCACAAUCAAGCCCCAGCAUGCCACCAUUGGGGUCUUGGGUGUAUCUUGGUAUCAGCAGCGGCCAGGCAGCGCCCCCCACCUUCUCUACUACCACUCAGAAGAGAGCCACUAUCGGCCGGAUGACAUUCCUGACCGAUUCUCAGCUACCACAGAUGUGGCCCACAAUGCCUGUGUGCUGACCAUCAGUCCUGUGCAGCCUGAGGAUGAUGCAGAUUACUAUUGCUCUGUCGCGUAUAGCUUUGAUCCCUAAGGCUGGGGUAUGGGAUGAAUGUCUCCUCUCUGCCUACUUUUGCCUUUGACCUUGGGCCCUUUCUCUAAGCUUUGCGUUCCUUCCUCUGUAAAAUGAGUUAAUAACAUUCAACAUGUA